UGGGUGUCUUCAGAUGACAUCAUUAGACUAAACUUUGCAACAUGGCGACAGAUCUCACUGAUGAGGUGGAGGCAAUGGAAAAGACGAACCAAGCUUCCCAUCCCGGAUUUAGCAACGAGAAGUAUUCUUUGCUUGUCAUCGUCGGGGAGCACAGCCGGGCGGGAUUUGUGGAUUUCGUGGUUGCAGAGAUUGAGCGAGGCCUGCGCUCGUGGGGGGUGGACCUGAAGGCCUGUAACCUGGACGAGCAGCUCAAGCUCUUCAUCUCCAGACACUCCGCCUUAUUCUCCGACCAAGUCAAAGGACAGAGGACUCUGCAGCACAGUGGUGACGUUCUGGACACACAGGUGGUUGUGAAUCCGUCCCAAUCUCUGGUUUCAUCUGAGGUCCGGAGGCUUAUCUCUGAUGAGUCGCGCCACAAGCUGCUGAUUCUUGCGGGGCAGUGUGUCGAGCGGUCAGGUGACCUCGUGCUGCAGACUGGGAGCUUUUCUCUCGAUGACUUCAUCCAGAUAUUUGCAGACGAGGAGAUCGGUGAGCUGCUGAGCUCUGCAGACCCAACACAGAAGGCGACGCUGACUCUGAGCUGUCCCAGUACGGGCACGUGGAAGAACUCGGUGCUGGAGAAGCACAACCUGCAGGACUUCAUCGAGAUCAAGAUCAACCCCACCGCCACGCUGCCCGAGAUGGAGGGCCUGCAGGAGUUCACGGAGUACCUCUCCGAGUCCCUGGAGCCGCAGUCACCCUUCGAGCUCCUCGAACCGCCGAGCACCGUUGGCUUCCUCAAGCUCUCCCGCCCCUGCUGCUAUAUCUUCCCAGGGGGUCGAGGGGACUCUGCCUUUUUCGCCGUUAAUGGAUUUAACGUCCUGGUGAACGGAGGAUCCGAUUCACGCUCCUGCUUCUGGAAGUUGGUCAGGCAUUUGGACCGGGUCGACUCCAUAUUGCUCACACACAUUGGCGUAGACAACCUGCCCGGUGUGAACAGCCUCCUCCAGAGAAAAGCAGCUGAGCUUGAGGAGGAGCAGCAGGGCACUGGCUCCCAGGCCAACGAGGACUGGCUGAAAAAUCAGAUUUCUCCAGAAAUCGGGGUGGUUUUCCUGAAUGCCCCAGAGAGACUGAAAACACUCCAAGGCGACCCCAAAGUACUCCGAAGCUGUGACCAGGCAGCGCUCACCUUACAGCAUCUGCAGAAGCUGUCCAUUACUCCAGAGCAUCUCUCGCGCUCCAGCGGCCCAACGAUUGAACCGGUCAUCCUCUUCCAGAAGAUGGGAGUCGGCCGGCUAGAGCUGUACGUGUUGAACCCAGUCAAAGGGAGCAAAGACCUGGAGGCCCUCAUGCAGUCCUGGCCAAACAAUGGUGCCAAUCCAAAGGGCUCUGACCUGCCGUUGCCCUGCCUUGCCUCUAUCUGUGCCCUUCUGGUUUGGCAUCCUGCCAGCCCACACGAGAAGAUCAUCCGGGCCCUCUUCCCCGGAUGCACGCCCCAGAGUAAAAUUCUGGAAGGGUUCGAAAAACUGAAGCACCUGGACUUCCUCAAACACCCUGUUGUGAGUUUGAAGGACCUCGAGACGUCCAAGUCGGAUAAACAGCCAAAGCGUGCUGAAAGCAAAGAAAGCCUCAAGUCCCUUCCCAGGGACACGAGACCAGCAAGUGCCUCUGUGAAGGAUAAGUUGGCCCGUACUGAUGUGAAAAAGCUGGACCCUAAGUCCAAGACCAAAGCUGCAGGCGAAACAAGUGCGUCUAAGGAUGGUAAGGAUGAGGACAAAGCAAAACCAAGAGACAGUGAGACGAAACUAAAGCCGUCAAAGGUCGACAAGCCUUUGACAAAGAAGGAGCCUGUGAAAGAUGAAAAGAAAGAAGUACGUAGUAAGGAAGCCAAGCCAUUGACAAGUGUUGCCAAGAAAGAAGAGAGCAUGGAGAAAAAGAAGGAGAUAGUCAAGAAGGACCUUAGUCUAAAACCAAAGAAGGACUUGAAACCUGAAGUGAAGAAAGAAAUUAAGAAAGAAGUCAAACCUGAAGAAAAGAAACCAGCCAAAGCCCCUGCCAAAAGGGUCUCCACAGCGGGGGCAUCAGCUACGGCUAAGACCACAGUGAAGAAUGGCACCCUGAAAAAGGAUCAAGGUACUCUUAAGAAGGAAUCAGCAAAAGGGGCCAAGUCCAAGCCUGACAAGAAAGAUCUGGGAAAUCUAAAGGUCCCCUCUUCCUCAGAGGGGGAAGCAGAUCGCUCCAAAAUGUCCACGCCCGAAGACAUGACUGAAGAGUUUGAGAAGUUGAAAUUGGAAAAUGAGCAAGGCUCAGUAAACACUACAACAGGAAGUGAAGCUAAACAGUCAAAAGAAGUAAAUGGCGUUGGAGCAGGUGCUAACACUGGGGAAAGCCCAGAGAAAUUCAGAUGCAUGGAUACACUACCCGCUCCCAGCCAGUCAGCGGAUCCCACCUCACCUCUUGCAAGGACACCAAAGAGUGAGCGCAGCGUCAACUUCGACCUGACGCCAACCGAACACAGAAUUGGUCCGGAGGACGGGUGUGUGAGUUCAGAGGAGAAAACCCUGGAGAUGGUGUCCCCUCCAGGCUCGGGGCAGAACAGUGCUGGCCACACACCUUUCCACCAGUCUCCCGACGAGGAUGCCCAGGGCUCCGGUGAGGACAGCAGUUUAGGCGGGAAAGUUCCCAGCCUCAGUCUGGAGGACAGUCACGCCCCAGGGUCCAACAAGACGUCAGACGCAGGCUGCUCCAGAAGCAACCUGGAGAACAACUCCACCUCCUCCCAGGACAAACAGUCCAGCUUCCUCUCUCUCAGCUCCUUCAACAUGAUGGCUGACGGUCCCUCCUUCACGUCCUUGCCUGCCGAGGUUGGCUCGCCACAUUCUACUGAGGUUGACGAGUCCUUAUCUGUGUCCUUCGAGCAGGACAUGGGGGACAGGACGUUCUCCAACGGCCACCUGGUGGAUCCGGAUUCCAAAGCGGGCAUGUCUCUACCCCUAAAGGCGUGUCACAACAUGCGCUCGUCAGGAGACGGGUGCGACGAGAGAGGCUCUGGUCCUCAGGGGCUCUUCCCCGACCUCCCUCCCCACGAUGUGGACCUGUGCCUGGUCUCGCCCUGCGAGUUCCAGCACCACAAGUCCCCAGAGGGCCUGACUCCAGGGCACCCCGCCAGCCCUCACGAUCUCUCGGACGAGAGCGACUCGCAGGAGCUGGUCAAGCCUGUGUGCUGCAACAACAACAACAACGACCAGCUCACACCCCAGGGUGCGAACACACCGCCAACGUCCGCCAGCGAGUCUCUUCCUACGGGCACGGACUCAGACGUGCCCCCAGCCACUGGGGACUGCCCCUCCAUCAGCGAAGACACCUUGGAUUCGGACGAGGACGACUCCGGCGACAUCUUCCCACCCCAGCAAGCUCACGACCAUCCCACCCCUCACUCCUCCCACCGAAAGGGUCCGCUCUCGUCCCCGGACCCGCCUCCAGCCCCCAUGAAGGACCUGCCCCCCCUCCCGCCACAGCCUGGCGCCUGCAUGGCCGACCCUGACGCAGACGCCCAGGCCAAGAAGAGCACCGCCAAAGGCAAGAAGCCUGCUAGCGCCACCCAGAGGCUAUCCACAAACAGCACGGCAGCAGGGGGCAAAGCGAAGAGUGGCCUGGGAACAGGAGGGGGCACGCUGAAGGCCACCUCUACCCUGGACACCAGGCCUGCUUCACGUGGUGGCGCUGGGAGUGGAUCACGGCCAUCUACUGCAAAGCCCUCUUCCUCAGGCUCUGCGGGCUCCAAGGCCUCUGCGGCGCCGGUGUAUUUGGACCUGGCCUACCUGCCCUCAGGCACAGCAGCGCCAUCUGUGGACGUGGAGUUGUUCCGCCGCCUGCGCUCGUCCUGCUACAUCGUGAGUGGACACGACCCGCAGAAGGAGGCGGUCAUGAGGAGCAUCCUGGACGCCCUGCUGGAGGGCAAAACCGCAUGGACAGAUGUGCAGGUGACGCUUAUCCCCACGUUUGACUCGCUGGCGAUGCACGACUGGUACCAGGAGACGCACGAGCGCCAGCGAGAGCUGGGCAUCACCGUCCUGGGCAGCAACAGCACCGUGGCCAUGCAGGAUGAGACCUUCCCAGCAUGCAAAGUGGAGUUCUGAGUUCCGAGUUCUGAGACGCCCCGCGGAACAGAAGGAGAGCUUUUUGUUUUGUUUUGAUUGUUGUUGUUUUUUUUUUUUUUAAAGAAGACCAUGAACGGAUCCUUUCCCCCUGCAGCGUUGUAGUUGAGAGGCGCUGUUAGGGGGGGAUGACCGCUGUGAUACCCAAGAAACUUGUAGUAGAGAGGCUCUGUGAUGAUACCCAAGUGAAAUGUACGUAGAGAGGUGCCCUGAUGAUACCCAAGUGAAAUGUACGUUGAAGGAAGAAGGUGAAGGUCGUAGAAUUUCAGCCAGGGUCGUUUUUUCGAGGUUAUUUGAAGUGAUCGGGGUUCUAGUGAUGGAAGAACGUAAGACUUGAGAAUUCCCCGCUGUAGAGGAGGGACAGGAUGAGAACGUAAGACUUGAGAAUUCCCCGCUGUAGAGGAGGAACAGGACGAGGUUUAUAUUUCCGCCUAUCUAGAAGAGUCACUCCAUUUCCACCUGUCUUUGCCUUAGAUCUGUUUUGGACGCUUUAUUGGUCUUGUUGGGACAAAGGGACACUUGCAUGUGUAGAAGACAGAGGUACUGUAGCACUUCUACAGGGACGGCCAUGUUGGGUCCCGUAAACGUAAUCUGUAGGGUUUGGGGACACUUCCUGAUGCACGGUGCGUGGUUUCCCGUAGACUUUCACUUGCGCCGGCGGUGAACGCUAGAGUUGCUCAAGCUUCAUCACAGGGCUUUCUCUUUAUAUGCAUGUCUAAGUACCCUUAAUAGAGCAUAACCUCCUGUUUGUUCACGUCGAGGACUUCUUUUUAGAUUUUUUAAAACCCUCUGCACAAAUGUUGUGCAUAUAAUCUUGCACAGAAUUAAUUGGACCAGCUAUUUGUUAGGUGGCAUAAAUGUUUACAGUUAAAGAUACUGACCAAUAUGAAACUAUUGCAAUAGAAAAUACUCCAUACUCCCUCCUGCACAUUGUCCAGGUGGUACACCCCAAGUAGAAGCACAUCCCAAAGUGAGCUCUUUCUCUCUGGAUUUGCCGUUCUGCUGGUAGAGACUUACAAGACGGUAAACGUUGUUAGACAUCUUACACUAAACUAGUUUUGUCACUGGUACUCCUUCAAUUUGGGAAAGAUGGAUUUUCAUCCAAAUGAAGACCACACAUAGAAAUAAUGCAAUGAAAGGUUUAACUGUACUGGGAAAAAUAUAAAUUGCAUUGUGGGUGUUAUAGUUAGAGUUGGUUUGAUUGGGAAAAACUUAGUGCCUAUAUGUUCAGUAUUUGCACACAAAAGGGGACCUGUCUGUUAUCAACAAUCACGUUUGAUUUCUAUGGAAUGUAAGGGGUAUGCUGUACUUGUUCUUUUGGCCUUGAUGGAUGUGUGUGUGUGUGUGUGUGUGUGUGUCAAACACACACCUUGGCUGAUCUCCUCAUUACAAAAACACACUCCAUGAUCCCCAGCAGGCCCACCUACACAAAUCAUGUGAACGUCUCACUUAAUCUCUGUGUGUGUGUGUGUGUCUGUUCGUCUGCCUGAUUCUGUCUGUCUGUCUGAUUCCGUCAUACCACUUGAACGUUUUAUCUGUCAGCUUAUAACAUUUCAUAUUGUUUUCAUUUCAAUUCAAAGUUGCAUUGGUACACAGCAGUAUUUGGUUUAAACGCAUUUCAAGGUAAUUUGUAUUGAUGUGAAAGCAGGUGCUUUCAUACCUGACCAUGAAAACAAUCUGGUAUAACAUGUCCUUGACGUGUGUCCUGCAAAGGAUCCUGACCAUGAACACAUUCUAGUAUAACAUGUCCUUGACGUGUGUCCUGCAAAGGAUCCGGUUUCUUGUUUCAUUCACAUCAUUUAUAGUCUGAGGACAACAUUUCAUGAACGUAAUUCCUUCAUAUCCUUUUGUUAUUUAUUUUUAUUUUCUUAAAUUAUUGUCCAUUUUAUAUGUUUUCUUCAGUGUACCUGAACCAAAAAAAUUCCAUUUCCACGAUUUCUACUUGUAAUACUCCUUCCAACUCUAACAUUAAUAAGUGUGCAUUUGCAUGUUACUUUGUUAACUUUUGUUGUCCCUUUCAUUCUCCUGAAAGUUCGAGCCGAGUUGCAGUAAUGACACACGUCUACAGAAAUGUUUAAAAAACAUUUUUUUUAAAAGAAGCACAGCAGCAGAGCAUUACUUGAGUCGGCCAGUGCAUGAACCGCUCCCAUGUCUUGCAUUUUUCUGAAGGUCAUAGAAUGUUCCAGAACAGCUCUUCAUCAGUACGUUAAGGAUGCUGACCAUUAACAGUGAAUGACGGUAAACACCAAACCUUUGGCCUGCACCCAGGCAUGUGUUCAUGAUAUUUGGCAUCACUCUUCUGAUACACAGCGGUCCAGUUGGUCAGAAUAUUUAAAAACUAACCUUCUUGAAUCUGGCUCCUGUUACCUUCUUCGUUUGUCUUGUUCUGUGUCCAGUGUGCAACAGACCGGUCACCACUGGUGCACAGGUAGUAGCUCAUGACUACCCUCUGCUGGAAGAACGGCAGGUGCCACAGAAAGUUUUGGACAGUCGAGAAAAUGAUGCAAUUACAGUAUAAACACUACACUAUUGUUUUUUUUCCCUCUGAAAUAAAUAUUCCCCUUUUAUAA